AUGGACAACACAGAGCACGCCGAGUCGCAGGAGAAGGCACGGCUCCGGCAGCAUUUGCAGUCGCAAGAGCAGUCUCCGCUGCCGUCGCCGUCUCUCAGCCGCAGCCCAGCAUCGGGGAGCAACACGGUGCCCAUGAGCGAGGAAGAGCUGCACCCACGGGUCGACAGCCACCAUUCCCCGGUUCCCGGACCCGUCCACAACCCCCAGUCCUCCACGCCGCCCCCUUACUCAGGCCCGACUAGCCCAGCCCAGGAGCCGCUCCCCGACCUAGAAUCCCAGAGCGGCGGAUCCAAACCUCCACCGCGGCACGCGGGGCUUCCCGCCCUGGACUACCGCCUGUACAAGCCGCCGCUCUUCGAGCUCUCCCAGGACAAAACCACCAUCAAGACGUCGGCCGCACACCUCUCCGCCAACGCCGACGCUCUCGUCGCUCUCAUCCGGCAACAAGCCACGAUACCGCCCAAACCACAGAUCCACAUCGUCGGGCGGCGCGGCAGCAGCCACCCCAGCAGCGGCCGCGUCGACUUCUCGGUUAAGCUCAACCUCCUGCCGCUGCUGGUGCCGGACGACGCGCGCCAGCGGAUGGACUACCUGCGGUGCGUGGGGCCGGGCGAGGUGGCGCUGCGCGGCGGCACCAAGCCGGCGACGCAGCCGGACGUGGAAGGCGACGGCGGCGGGCUGGAGGCGUGGGCGGCAAGGUUCGUCGCCGACACGGCGAGCGUCAAGGCCUUUGCGCUGGAGCGGGUCGUCGUCAACCUCGACGGGAACUGGCUCGAGGGCCAGAUCCGCGCGCUGGUGGCCGGCAUGCGCUAUCCGGGCACGCUGAAUGUGUCAUUCCCGGUCACGCACUCCCGCGUGGUGGUGCAGAGCCCGGAUCGGGUGAAUAAGUUCCUCACGAGUGUCGCGGGCUUCUUUGCGGGGAAGAGGAAGUACGAGGUGGUUAAGUCGGUGUGGCCGUUUGCGACAAUGCCCAGGGGCGCAGAGGUGGGGAUAGGCGGGAGGAGGUGUGCGGUGCAGAGCGAAGAGAUGUGGUGGAAGGAAUGGAGGGAGCCGAUUCGUUAUGCAAUUGCGAACAAACGACACGGCUGGGUCACAAAUGAAGAUAAGCUGGAGCUUCUGAUGGAGGGGCUGCCAUCAGGGGCCCCUCCGGAUGUGGAUUGGGGUCCUCCAGACUAUUCUUCUUAG